UGAGUGAAAUACUAUACCAAGAGGCUUGGGGUUUUUUAAUACUUGAAGUAUUACUGAAGACUUCUAAACUUGUGUGAGCAUGCUGAAGCUUGUUUUAUUUUGUGUUUCUAGAAUAUGUUGAAUAAAAUUUUUAUCAAAUAUAUUUUUAAAGUACAUUAAUGAAGGCCAUGCUGUAACUGCAGUUGACAAGCAUGGUAGCACUGCUUUUGGUGGGUAAGAUGUUUUCACAAUUGCAAAAUUUCUAUUAGGAGAAGAUCUGUUUUGCUACCUAGAGUUGUAUUUCGACUGUUGGCUUCCUUUAUGAUGCUGAGUUUUUCAAAAUGCAGCACUUAUUCUGACUGAAGCUAAUUGGUAGCUUCAGUUAUAUUUUCUGUAGUCUAUAAUAGGGGGUUACUUUGGACUCGAUUUUUAUAGAAAAUGUUUAAGUACUUAUAUACUUCUGGUUUAUGGGUGGAAGUCAGUAAAUUAUUCUACUUGGUAAUGAUUAUCAGGGUAUAGUUGAUAUACGGUAAUGCUGCUCUUGAGUAAUGCUACUCUGAUGCCUGUUAUAAAAACUGGGAGGCUGUGCUGUUCUCCAGAAACAUGUACGAAGUCCAUGCUGAAAACUGCCUACAUCAGGGUAGUCUGCAUCUGACUUCUAAGAUGAUAAUACUUUUUAGGUAUAUCUUCUCUGCAUUUAGAGAGAGAUUCUCUUGCUAUUACUUAUAUAGAGAUUAAAGCCAUUCUUUGAAGAGCACAGUUCAAUGCCAGGUUUAAUCAGUUGCUGCUGGAAGGGACAGUGCUGCUUCCUUCUCUCUUUGCCCAGUGGGUGCCGGGGAUUUGCGGCUGCCCUGGGAGCAGCAUGUCCCUGUCCCUCUGGUGGGAGGCAGCACUGGCUGUGCUGGCUCUGCUUGUCCCCUCACAGCUGUUUGCUGGUGGUUGUGCAGCUGGGUCCAGCACAGGGUAGGCAAGGGCUGGUUGGGUGAAACUAAGUAGCAUGGGGCUGUGGCCCUCGGUAGUGUUCCCAAGUGAGAAUUCAGCCUCUCGCUCCCGUGCGUUUCACGAGCACUCCGGUUUUCAGCAGUUGUGUUUUGUCAGUUUUCAUUCAGGUUGUCUGCUGUGCUGGAGGAAGGACUGUGUUACCACUGUAGGUCAGGCUCAGUCCCAGCAUCUGCUGUGUGAUUUCUGAGACUCAUUUAAACCCAGCUUGCCUGCUGUAGGAGUGAUGUUUGCUGAGGUCUGGCCUCUGACCUGACGGGUGUUUCUCAUGUUCCCUGGAUGCUCACGUUUGCCCCUGAGGAUGUGUGGGGUUGUUCAUUUAAUGGCUUCCUAGGCUGUGCCCUGCACACUUGGUCACUCUUUGGCAUGACUUGUGUCACUCAUCUGCUGUUGUUUCUGAAGACCUGGCUGUAACUGAUACAGUAACCUACAUAAGCAGUGUACACUAUCAACCCUGAAUAAUCUAGAGCUUCCUGACAGAUGAAUUACAGGCAUAAAAAUAAGUUUCACAAGGUGUCCACCAUGUGAGUUGCAUUCAGUGGCAUAUGACAAUACAUGUAGUGUGUUUGUUUUAUGGAGUUGGAAUUAGAAGUAGUUUAACUUCUCAGGAAUGCUCAACAAUUUCACAUGGGUCUCAACCACACCUUUUUUAAAUUGCCUUCCUGUAUUCAGGCUGAAGAUGGUUAGAACAAAUGUAAUGGUUUAUACAGGAAAUGAAUCCUUAUUCAUUGAUAUACAUACUAUUUUUGGCUUUUCUAAAAGAAUGAUGGCAAAAUAUAACAAUAGCUAUGAGAGCAAACCCUGCAAACCAGAGACCUCAGGACCUUGCACACUAGUGAGAAAUUCAGUUCCUGGCAGUGGCAUGUAAGUUUGUGCUGGUGAUCAGAUUUGUCCUUUCUGUGGCAGAGGUAUAAGCAGAGGUGUGAAUUUCUGGUAUUUAUGUGUUGAGAAUGUAGAAUCAACAAUGAGGAUGAUAGAAACUCUAUUACUCAAGAUGAAAGUUAAAUAAAAUCUUUCUGAGUAUGAAAAAUUCUUUUUCAACAUGGAAUUUUUUUGAUCCCUUCAUACUGUUGUGUAAUGUAUUGGUCUCAUUAGAGAAGCCUGUGUAGUGUCCACGGGGUGGUAAAACAAGGACUGAGACUUAAGCACCCAUCCUAAUUGCAGUGACCACACUACACAUCACAUAGGACUUCACAAAUGAUGGAGUAAUGAUGGUAGCAGAACAGCUCAGGUGAUGUGGCACUUUCUGAAUGCUAGUUUUGUGAUGGAGAAUGGAUAAAAUCCUUCUUUAAUAGAGGAGACUUCUUUAAUAGAGGAGAACCUAAAGUUUGUUUGAAACAAGAGGAUGUCCUGAGGUGUAGCAACAUCAAGAGUUAAGAACCACUUUAUUCUUCCAGCUGCUGUAGUGUCAGUGGGAGGGAGUGGGCAAGUUAGGUGCUAUUAAACAAUUCUGUUUGAUGCUGUCUCAGUUGUGGCAUGUUUAAAGUAUUGCAACGCAUACACUGAAUUUAUAAUUCAUGCUUACAAAUGCUGUGUGCUAUUUCCUUCCACUAAAUGUCUAUGUCUGCUUUAGCAAAAUAAGAUUUUAGACAGGCUCUUAAAUUAGGAGAGCUUGUGUCUACUCUCUGAAGUCAAAAUUUUAUUUGUCAUGGUACAGAGCACUUGAAGGGGAGAAGAUGAUUUGCAGAAGCUUUUAUUUUCUGUUAUAUAUAAACUGCCACUGCCACUGUGACCUUAUCUAAAAAUUUGCUUCUGUAUCUUGAAAGACUAAGAAAAAGGAAUUUAUUCUUUGGGCUAUGAAUUAAUAGCAAAUUGCUUUAAAGAAAUACCCAGUGCAUACAGCUACUAAGUUUUUAUCAUUCAGUUAUGUCUAUAAAUACAAAACAUAUAAAAGACUGAAAAUCUGAAGUGUGGCUCUUUUCAGGGGUGUUGCCUAGUUUAUAUUUUGCAAUGUUUGCUGAUAAAUAAAUGUCAGCAAAUAGAAAUGUUACAACUUUUUCACUGUCCCUUCAAGUGGAGGUAUGAUUUCACAAGCCAGAAUAUAGUCUGUAGUCUUUCAUUUUUUUUAAAGGCUGUAAGAUACCAUACUCCUGAGACAAAAACCCAAAGAACUAGGAGUUUGUUUAUCAACUGUAUUAGAUCUUAGAAAUGGAAGUCAUUAAGAUUUUGGCCUCUUCUGUACAAAUUAAUGUGAUUACGUCUUGCUUAUAAAUAAUUUGAGCCAUUUCUGUCUCCCUUAAAAGGUGGCUUUAAUGAGUCACAGCUUCCAUUUUAGUAAAUUGUUCAUGGGAUAGGCAGGCUCAGGAACAACUGGGUUAAACCAAGAGAUUAUUUGAAAAAUCUAGGGCAUGUGCUCUCUGUUCACUUGAUUAGUUUUCAUAAUUCAUCCUUGUUUCUACAGCAAAGAGCAGCCUAAUGCAUGCAAACAGGAAACACUUUUCUUGCUUUUGUGCUCUUUCAUCUCUGUAAUUUUACCAGAGAAAGUGCAUGAAGAACAGAGGAGAUAUUUCCGCUUAUCAGAGAUGAUGUGGAGAGACUCUUUAUCCCUGGUGGAAGAGGAGGAUCCUCAUAUGAAAGUGUCUCUGGGCAGCAGCGAUAUGGGCGUCUCUGCCCAUCUGCAGUCCUCCAAGACAGGAACCACCAGAUUUUUCACCAGCAAUACUCACAGUUCUGUGGUAUUACAGGGUUUUGACCAGCUGCGAGUGGAAGGUUUGCUCUGCGAUGUGACGCUCGUUCCUGGAGAUGGUGAUGAGGUGUUCCCUGUGCACAGAGCAAUGAUGGCUUCUGCAAGUGAUUACUUCAAGGCCAUGUUCACAGGAGGCAUGAAGGAACAAGAUUUAAUGUGCAUUAAGCUUCAUGGAGUGAACAAAAUAGGCCUAAAGAAGAUCAUUGAUUUCAUCUAUACUGCAAAACUUUCCCUUAACAUGGACAACCUUCAGGACACUCUGGAAGCUGCCAGUUUUUUGCAGAUUUUACCUGUUUUGGACUUCUGUAAAGUAUUUCUUAUCUCUGGGGUUUCAUUGGAAAACUGUGUUGAGGUUGGGCGAAUUGCCAACACAUACAAUCUCACAGAAGUGGAUAAAUAUGUUAAUAAUUUCAUCCUGAAGAACUUCCCUGCAUUAUUAAGUACUGGUGAAUUUGUGAAACUCCCUUUUGAACGUCUUGCCUUCGUGCUUUCAAGUAAUAGCCUUAAGCACUGCACUGAACUGGAACUCUUCAAGGCGGCGUGUCGCUGGCUGCGCUACGAGGAGCCUCGCAUGGAGUACGCCGCCAAGCUCAUGAAGAACAUCAGGUUCCCCCUGAUGACACCCCAGGAUCUUAUCAACUACGUUCAGACAGUGGACUUCAUGAGAACUGACAAUACCUGUGUCAACUUGCUUCUGGAGGCCAGCAAUUACCAAAUGAUGCCGUACAUGCAGCCGGUGAUGCAGUCGGAGCGGACGGCCAUCCGCUCGGACAGCACGCACCUGGUGACGCUGGGCGGGGUGCUCAGGCAGCAGCUGGUGGUCAGCAAGGAGCUGCGCAUGUACGACGAGAAGGCCCACGAGUGGAAGUCCCUGGCUCCCAUGGACGCGCCGCGGUACCAGCACGGCAUCGCCGUCAUCGGCAACUUCCUCUACGUGGUGGGCGGCCAGAGCAAUUACGACACCAAGGGAAAGACGGCGGUGGACACGGUCUUCAGGUUUGAUCCGCGCUACAACAAGUGGAUGCAAGUGGCAUCUCUAAACGAGAAACGGACCUUCUUCCACCUAAGUGCCCUCAAAGGACAUUUGUAUGCAGUCGGAGGUCGGAAUGCAGCGGGCGAGCUAGCCACUGUGGAAUGUUACAACCCCAGAAUGAACGAGUGGAGCUACGUGGCAAAAAUGAACGAGCCCCACUAUGGUCACGCUGGAACCGUGUAUGGGGGGUUAAUGUAUAUUUCAGGGGGAAUUACCCAUGACACUUUCCAAAAGGAACUCAUGUGCUUUGACCCUGACACAGACAAAUGGACUCAGAAAGCUCCGAUGACGACAGUCAGAGGUCUGCAUUGCAUGUGUACUGUAGGAGACAAGCUGUAUGUUAUUGGUGGAAAUCACUUCAGAGGAACCAGUGAUUAUGAUGAUGUUCUAAGCUGUGAAUAUUACUCCCCAACUCUAGACCAGUGGACUCCAAUUGCCGCCAUGUUACGUGGGCAAAGUGAUGUUGGGGUUGCUGUCUUUGAAAAUAAAAUCUAUGUUGUUGGAGGAUAUUCUUGGAAUAACCGGUGUAUGGUGGAAAUAGUUCAGAAGUAUGAUCCAGAAAAAGAUGAGUGGCAUAAAGUAUUUGACCUUCCAGAAUCCCUUGGUGGCAUUCGAGCCUGCACUCUCACUGUUUUCCCUCCAGAGGACAAUACAGGGUCACCGUCCAGAGAGUCUCCUCUGUCAGCACCUUAAACCAUCCCUUGGCUCACCAUCUUGUAGUAACACCUCUGCUCUGCAUCAUGGGGUCUGUUAUUUUUCUUCAGUAGUUUCUGUUAGGCUUAGCCUACAGCAUUUCAUACAAUUACUGGAAAAAAAAAAAGACUUUGACAUUAUUUGUGCUGUUUGUUUGGCCUAGAAUGUCUCUCAAGUGGUUGACAAAAAAAGAUGUACUCGCCCGAGCCAAAUGUUUAACAAAUGAGAGGGUAUUGUCUAUAAAAUGUAUGAGCUAGGUACGUUAUUAAUGUUGUAUGUUGGGUGUGAGGUACCUUGUAGCUUACAUUUGGGAGCCCAGUGAGUCAAAUUUGUAUUGAACAUGUCACUGAAUUUCAUGUUGAAAUCCUUUUUCCAUUCAUUUCUGACUGCAGAUCACAAGGGUAGGUAGACCACAUCAAUGUGAACUCUCUGAAGGUUGCCAAGGGGCCUGAGCUACCUCCCUCUUUACACAGAGUAUUUUUGACAUAUCUUUUACCCACCUGACUUUGUGGGUGCUUUCAGAGCAUAUGAAGUUUCUUAGGCAGAGGGAAGAAAUAAAAUAAUUUUAAAAUAUUAGCACUGUACAGGAGCGGACCUUGUAGAGGCCGGGAUUUUUUAAUAACAUAUAUCGAGUGUUUUUCCUGAGUCAGUUGAAUGAUGCUUCAAACAAAACGUCCUAAACAGGUUUGUGUUUUUUAAUUUGGUUUUUUUUUUUUUAGGAAUCGGCUUCCGCUUGCAUGGGAGCACACACUAUUAACAAAUGGGAAUUCAGUGCAGUUGUGUAUUCUAUGCUAUGGCUGUACUGAAUAUGGGUAGUUAAGGGCUAGAAUCAGUAACCUAAGCCACUGAAUUUGACCAAAUGGUUCCAUCCGAUCAAAUUUAAUCUACCUUUUCUCCUUUGCUGUUGAGAUAACUUGCGUAAUGUGUCCUCUGUAUAGUCUCAGUUAAUAAGGUUAUUUAGCACAAAGUGCAGCUUCAGUGAGAGAGCUGCUUUUGCUCAGUGAACCUGGACUACCACAUUUUACCUUCUUUUGUUCAAUAAAACUUUUAACUGCAGUUACCAGUCUAAGCUACCUCAUUAAUGUAUUUGGUUUUCUUCCUCUGCCUCACUGUCUCCAGGAUACGUGUGACGUAUAUCCACCGGGUAGGUGAACCUGCUAGGAAACCAAUGCACCAGUGAUCAUGAAUGGGUAUUUUUGACCUACUUUUAAGAAACUAUUUUGGUCUGAUGUGUUCAUUUUACUGUUAGGGACUGAUGAAAAACCAGUCUUAAUUUUUUUUUCCCUUGGAGAACUGCUUAUGUGUGCAGCCCUGCAAAUUCACAGGGAUCUUUACCUGCUCCAAAAUACAGCGCCCUGCUGACAAACUGCAGCUCUGAUUAUGCCAUUGUGAUUGUUCUGAACUUCCCUUCAUGUUACAAGUCAUUUUGCUAAUGAAUACAGUCACAGGGGCAUCCUCUGGGGAAAACUGUUUAAACCAGCUUAUUGUGUUACCUAUUAAUAAUAACCAAGUAAAACUUAAUGGACUUUUUUGGGAUUUUGCUAUUUGUGUUUUGUCCCUGCUUGAUGCAGGGAUCAAGCAGCAGGAUUACUGUGACGUCAGAUUUGGAAGUACUGAUAUUUAUUCUUUGUGCAGUUUACUAGUAAUGGUCACUACCAAAAUCUACAUGUAAGCUUAAGGUUUCGUAAUUGUUUUAGUUCAAAUCAAAAUCAAUUCUUCCUCUUUAAAAAAUUGAAGUCUCAAUUCCAUGUGGCUGUGCAAGGUUGUUGCAGGUGGAAUAGUGGCACCAGUGGAUACUCCUGGAAACUGGCCAGUGAAGAUAAAUUGAUUCAUCACCCUAAGAAUACUCUUCUUAUGAUGUUCAAAGCACUGGAUAGAAACAUGUUGCUCUGUUGUUCAAGGAUUUUCAAUCAUUUAAGUGUCACAUGCUAUUAAUUUUUUUCCAGCUCAAAGACCAGAUUUUAGAUCCUGCUUGAGUUUAAAUCCCCUGAAAUCCAUAUUCAGUGUCUCUUUUAUUAAUUAAACUGAAAAAUACUAGAAGGAGUUGCAAUUCCUUUGGGAUAAUGUAAAUAUAACCUGCUCUUUUUAUGCUGGGGAUGAGGGACACAGUGUUUAAAAGUGGGCAUCUUCACUGGUGUUCUCUGUUUGGAAGAAGUUUAACAUGGGUUCUGAUCGUUCUGAGGUGGUUUAAAGCCAGGAUGUCAGUGUUGUGUCUGAGCCUUGUAUAGCCAGGAGCUGGCAUAUGGCCACAAUGUUGAGGGGUUUUUGUUUUGUUUGUUUUUGUUUUGGUUUUUUUUACUCAUUAUUUGUUAUAUGAAAAAUGGAAGAAUUACUUUUGAACGUUUUGUCAUCAGUGGAUUAAAUGUAGUGCUUCAAUCAAAUUAAUCUUUGGGGUUUUUUGUUGGUUUUGUUUUUGUUUUUUUUUUAAAUCUCCCUCUGGAUUAAAGUGUUUAUAAUUACAUUAGUUAACGUUUAUUCACUAGGACUGAAAAGCAAACAUCAAAGACUUGCCCAAAACUGCAAACUGGUUUCUUCUGUAAUGUAGUAUGAAAUGACUUGAUGCUCAUUGAGUCUUUCUUAACCAUAGCAUAAGAACCCCUUUCUGGCUCUGAAUCCACAGCCAUAGGUAAACACAUGGAUACACCAAAUUUCCAUUUCCACUCAGGCUGCCUCUUCAUGAAUCUUGGAUUCUCUCAUGUUGCAGUUGUAGUACCUGAAUCAGAAAAGCAUCUGGAUAAAAAGCAAUUAUAGCUAUUUGACUUGAAUGAAAUUAGGGUUGCAAGGUGUGCCAGCUGGGAGAGCCACGGGAGCUGUCUGCCCUCUCCCAGUGAUGCAGACACACGCUGCGAAAUGCAUUCAGACUUUGCUUUUUUGGUGCCCAAUUAGCAGCAAAUGCCAAAAGGGCUCACUUCCAUAUACAGUUUGCCCAAAGGCCCAUCUGGUAUCCCUGUAAAAGCCAGCACUCUGACUCCAGGCAUGUGAGAUGACAUUUCCCUUGUUCUGUGUUUUGAGAUAGGACAAGAACAAUGGGGAAGAAGACCUGGGAAAAUCCAGGUUAUGUAAAGUUUCUUUGCCUUGUUAGCAUCAGAGAGUUCAUCGUCUGCUGGUAUCCAUUUUUCUGUGAUCCCCUCCCCUUAGAAAGUUGUAAAGUCCAAGAGCCUGGUCCAGGGAAAGCAGUUCCUGCAGGGAUCCAGCCAGUCUUGUGCUACGUGGGAUAAAGGAGUUGUGCUGAAGGGAUGAGCGCUGGUGCAGCAGAACGUGGCUGACAGCCUGGCUGUGGCUCUACAGGCCCCUUGGGUGGAAGAAUCACUUUACCUGUUCUCAGGACAAAAGUGAGCUGUUUUCUUAUAAACAAUGCUAUUUUUAAAUUGCCCAUUCUGUUUCUGAGGGAUCUCCAAGGGGGAGCAUUAUAGUGACAGUCAGAAGCUCAAACCAGUAGUCUGGUCCUUUAGUGCAAUAAUGGCAAUCAUGGAUUAGAGCAGUUUGCAUGCAGAUAAAUUAAGUUCUACCUAAAGGCUUACAGUCUUAAUCUGAUGGGCUGGUUGGACAUCAAAAAAUAAUUUGAUACCGCAGCAACAAGUGCAGUACAGAUAUCUGGAGAAGUUUCUAACCAAAGAGUUGAGGAUGAUCUGAUAAGAAAAGAUCAUAACACUUUUCUUUGCAAAGUUCAUUCUGCCUACCAGGAUUAUUGUUCCUUCUUAAUUUGCCCUCCAGCUGGUGAUUACCUCACCUUUACACUGGUGUCUGACUCUGCUGGUCACUGUUUUUUUAAUCCUUGGCUUGACUUGAUGUCCUUGGUAGCUGAUAUCUCUGUUAGUUCCUCUGCUCCUGAUCAGAACAGAUAAAGCAGAGGCUUUUUUAGUGGCACUUACAUCAAGAGAGAAAAUAACCCACUGUUGAUAAAUGUAUUUGUAAUUCAGCUUGUGCAUUCUUGGAAAUAUAAAAUCAGUUUUAAGCUAGUGAAAGAUAUGUGCAUGUUGCAGGAGUGAUGUGUGUCCCAUUUCUCCUGGCUUGCACCUUCCGUGGUGUGUGGAGGGUGCUGUGCAGUGGUGACCCAGAGAUCUGGAGGGAGAGUCAAGCUCUCAUGUGGCACUUUAUACUUUCCAUGCUCUGUGAAAGUGUUCUUUACUUGCACACCAUAUGUAGCUCAUUGGGUAUUUUUUCUUUUAUAUUUUACAUGUGAAUAAUUAUUCUUUGUGUGCAAAUGAGGUCAGAAAAAAAAGUCUUAAAGGACAGAGUUAUUCUUUGCUUAAUUGAUAAAGUUUUUAGUCCCGUGAGUAUUGCAGGACCCUUCAGCUGUGAAAAGGUGAUUGCAGUUUGAGAGCCAGCUAGGAAAUCCCGAUGGCUUUCCUGCCUGUCACCAGGUCACACCGUUGCCAGUCUUUCACAGGUCAUUGAGUGAAGUUCUCUGUCAGAAGGCUCCAUAUUUGUGUCCAGCUCUGGACCUGCUGAUUUCCCACUCUGGGGAAGACCUGGUGGGAUGUGUUUUCACAACCUGAAACAACACGGCUUGUUUUUUUCAGGACUGCCACCAUCAGUGACACACGAGUCCUCCAGAGCUCUUUGAUGACCUGGUAAUUAGUAUAGAGAUGUAGCCCAGGUAACCUGGGAGUGGUGCUACAGCAGGAGCCACAAGUGGCUGACAUUCCUGAGAGGAUGGUCUCCUACUAUAUGUAUUACUUUGGCUCGAGUGCUGUUUUUGCCCCCAUCUUUGGGAGUAUUUAUUGCUGCUGUUUGAGUUUUUAACUUUUUAUUCAUGAAAUGAGCACUGCCUCUGUGAGUCUGCAGCGGGAGCAAAAGGCUCAGGUGGCUCUUUCAGAGCUGCAUGCUGUCAGGCUGUCCACAUGGUUAUUAAACCCUUUCUAUUUGGAGUUCUGUUUCUUAAGUGUUUAGGAGAAAUCAUUUUGCAAUGUGAAAAGAUCUCAGAUGAAAAUGUGUUUGGGACUGGAACAAAAAUGCAUAUUAUUUUAGAUUUUUUUUGUCAUGGUUUAGAGGUUAGUUUGGACUUUCAGCUCUCACAGACUGAAUGGGGAGUGAUAUAUAUAUAUUUUUUUUUUUUAAAUAACUUAUAGUUGGCUUAAGUGAGUCAAAGCUCAGUUAUUUGUACCUGCUUGCACUCUUGGCUGGCCUGUUGCUGUAUUCUCCCUCAGACCAAGCAUUCUGUGCUGUCUGGCAUCUGUUUCCGUGUGUAAGAGCACCUCCUGUCUUCCCUGCUGCCUGUUGAUUGAGUUCCAAAAUCAAUCUGAGCUUGGGUUCUUACAUCCAAAGUACCUGUGGAGCUAAAGACCACGUGGAGCUGUGGAUUGAGGGCCAUGGCUUUGACAUUUAAUUCCCCGCCAGCCCCUCACUGCUUUGCAAGGUGUUCUCAAACCCAGCUAAAAUCUGUGUGCACGAGGCAAAUCUGUCAGGCUGAAAAUUUUAAUAACCUGGGCAUCUAAAGACCACCAGAGUGUCCUUGUCCCGUUUGCAAGGAGAGUUGUGCACAUGAGCUGCUGAGGGCUCUGGGAGGGGGCAGGCACAGGAACUCCUUGGGUAACCAUACUUUUUGUUGGCCUUUGGGUCUGCUCUUCCUUCUGUGCCCGGAUGGAGAUGGCGGGAGGGAAGGUCAGGAUUGGGUCACACGUUCCAGCUCUCAGUAGAGAGCAAAUUUGUUUAUUCUCCUCUGUCUGCACAAUGCUACAGGAAAAAGAACUGUAGGAGCAUUUCACAUUUUAAACAUUGUUUCACAGAACAGUAUUCAUUAAUGUAGGAAAAAUUAGUCUGUUUUAACCUGUGUUCCUCAUAACCAGGAUUGUUCCAAGAUACUUGGCUUCUGUUGAAUUAAUAACUUUGCCUUUACCUCCCUUGUUCAAAGUUACUGUAAAAAAAAAUUGCUUGGUUUCUUUUCCAUUUGUUUUUCGUUGCUUGUAACCUUUUCUUAGAAAUGUGGAAAUAAUUUUCCUUACAUGUUUUAUGCACCGAAAUAAACACACCACUGAUCACCUGA